AUGUCAUACUCACAGACGAGCAAGACGACCAAGAAGUCAACCAGAAGAACGAGGUCUGCCACGAAACCAGAAACUGCGACAACAAACGCCGUCAACGUCAGCAGACCAGAAUCCGCUGCAGCCACGACAGAUGCAGCGGGACCCACGAGUGGCUUCAGCGGCGUCCCUAUGCCAUCGGCCACGCUUGAAGAAAUUGUCUGCGAGAUCAUGGACCACGGACGCUACCAGCGUCGUAUUAUCCAAUGCGCUGUUUUCGGUAUGGCUGCGUUGCUCAUGCAGGUUCUCGCGAUGCGGGUCAUCGGCCGGCGCGUGGACCACUGGUGCCGGCCUCCCAUCGAAUUGGCUUAUCUCUCCGCUGACACCUGGAAAAACAUGUCGAUCCCUGUUGAGGCCGACGGCAACUACAGCCGGUGCACCAUCUACGUCACGACCACGCCAGAAAUUGCUCCCGAAAACAGGACUGUAGAGACGUGUCACAUGUGGAGUUACGACAUCAAGGACUGGAGAGACAGCAUUGUGAGCCGAUUUGACCUCGUGUGCGGCCGCAGGUCUCUCUACACCAUCUCGGCUCUCCUGCCGUCCUUGGCCUACGCAGUGCUGUCCCCCCUAGCAGGGUUCUCGGCCGACCGCGUAGGCCGCAUGCCCGUGACUCGCGCCUGCGGCGUUAUGGUGCUCAUCUCGAGCGUCGGCAGCGGCAUCGCCGACAAUUACGCCUUCUUUCUUAUCAGCCGACUACUCCUGCUCACGGCGUGCAGCGCCACCUACCUGGUCACUUUCGUCCUCGUGUACGAGGUGACCGGCAAGGCCAAGCGCUGGCUCUACACGCUGCUCCACACGGCAGUGGGCGCUACGCUGGUGCCGCCAUUCGUGGACCUCCUAUCGCAGCAAGAAGCCAGCUGGCACCUCGCGCACGCCAUCUUCAUCGGCCACGUGGCCGUCUACGUGGUGUGGUGCUUUGCGCUGGACGAGUCGCCCACGUGGCUUCUCACCACGGGGAGGGUGCACGACGCCGAGGUAAUUGCACUGGCCGCCGCCAAGCUUAACCGCGUGAACGAGGAGAAAGCCAGAGCGGGCAGCCAUGCACUGCGCGCCCAGGCGAGGAAGCUGCUCCGGGGUCGCGAAGCGUUCACGCCGGUUUCUCCGACGGCAAGCAUCGUCGAGGCCGUGAAAAUGCGUCGCCGCGCCGUGGCUACCUUCUUUUCGAGGUUCACCUUAACCGGCGUCUUCUACGGCCUCAUGGCCACGGCCAGACUGUCCAGUCCCUACUGGCUGGGUGUGCACGUCGUGCUGUCGGCGACAUGUUACACGGUCAUAACUUGGACAAUGAACAGAUACGGCCCACGCGACACCCUCUCUGGCUUGCUCGGUGCUAUCAGUGCCGGCAUCGUCGCGAGAGCAGCUGUCGGGUAUGGCGGCUAUGACACCAUGGCUGCUUACGUGGAGGUGACGAUGAAGAUUGUGACAUCUGCGUCAAUGAGCGUGGUCAUGUGCUACGUGGGAGAUAUUUUUCCGACGAAAAUCAGGGCCACCGGCGUUAGCCUGUCGAUUGUGCUCGAUGGCUUUGGGUCGCUUUUUGGAGCCUUUCUCACAAAUGUUCAUGCGGUUCGCCCGGGUUUCGUGUUCGACGUUUUCUAUGCUUUCACGAGCCUGCUUAGCAUCUUAGCUGUUCAGUGGCUUCCAGAAGUGUUCAUUGAGAAGCAGCUUAUUUCUUCGGAUGUCAUGACCCCUGAGGAGCGUAAACUGGCGCUGCAGGCAUCGCUCUCCCCCAUUGAAAGAAGAAAAUCGCGCAGAAGUCCCCUCGAAAGAAAGGCCAGCGCUAUAGAGAAGCAAUCAUCUUGACUGGCAUUUGCACCUUGUUACUUUCACGUUUUAUCGGGGACUGAUAUACGGUUGUGCUUUGCAGUGACCCAAGAAACUGAGCAUAAUUUCCCCAAUUACAACUCUUCUCCUGUAAUGAUGAUACUUGCUAGAAAGUGUUAUUUCUACGUUUGAAGUGCGCGCUUAAGUUGUCUGACAUGUAACAUGCAAAAAGAAACUAUAUGCACGGCCCACUUCAGUUACCAAGUACGUUGGCCGCAUUGGUGGCUACAAGUAUCCUAAGCAGGAAUGAAUGACAGAGAUUGAGAAAUACAGACAGUACACAUACGGCGACUGAGUUCUUUGUCACAUCUAGCUCAACAAAAAUGGAUCUUAAUAACAGACUAAAAGACAGCUUAAUAGUUUUAGGCUACACCAUUUUGCUCGAGGUGGUCAAGGGAGCUAUCUCGCGAUGGCAGUGAGACCAUCAUAGCUUGAAUAUUUCCGGGAGGUCUCGUUUCCGAGCACAGACGAAGCACUGUUCUGCUUAUCUCUAGUAAUUUAGCGAUAACCAGCUCACUCAGCAUGCCAUCGCUGAUGGCGUCGACCUCAUUGUAUACUUUUACUUUCAAGCACGCUUGAUCUUGCUACACUAAGUCACGAUUAGCAAUGCACAAGGCAUGGGACCGGGUUAGUUGGUAAUCAAUGGUGAUGUGUAUAGUGCGACAGCAGAUAAAGGACGCAAAGGCACAAACACCGUUUGUGCAUUUCCUUUUUUCUUUUUGAAGCAAACAUUAUUUCGGAGACAAGCGCUGUCUCCGUCGCGCCUUUUCGCACUUUGUGCGCUGUCGCGCUGUGCGCAUCGUGAAUUGCUACUACGACCACGUUAGGUAAGUUUGAUGCAGAUCAAGUUUCACUAAUAUGAAAGCGGUCCUUUGUUGCACACUGACAUAACCACGUCACAAGGACGAAGAACCAUAGACGUUUGUCAUCUUUCUUAAUAAACGUUAGUCGUCAUUUGAGAGAAUAAACGUAAGUGAUGUGCUUGGG